AUGGCAGAGGCGAUGUAUCUAUACUUUCUACAGAGCAAAGUGGCCAGAACUGGUUGGGAAAAUGAAGAAAUUGCGAAAAUGACCAUCAAAAGAAAAAGUCAAAAUAUUGACGACUUUUUCUGCAACAAGGUCGUUGUCGCUUUAGAUUCCAAUGGCCAUGUUUGGAAGAUUCUUAGUACCGCUCCGCCGCCGCCUAGGGUUACCGGUUCCGGUGGCUUUUUCAGCACCGGAACCGGAUUUCUUUGUUUUAGUGUCUCUAGUUUCGAUUUCUUUUUCAAUUCUGGCCGUUCCAACUAUGGCAGAGGCAGAUGCAGAUCUCUCUCCAUUGAAGAUCUAGAUCUCCUUCCUUUCUUCUUGAGACUUUGUCUUUUGGGUCCCGGGAUGUUGAUUGAUGUCUCAGCGCCGUUUAUGGUAAGGAGAGUCUUGGUUUUAUUUCCUUUGGAUAGAUCUAUAGUUUCAGAUCUGUUUUAAUUUAAAAAAUUUGGAUUUAGACUUUGCUUUUCAGUUUUGAGUUUUUUUAGUAAUGAAUCUUGAAAGUUUAGGUUUAGUAUCAUUGUUGUUCUUUAAUUUGGGUUUUUUCCCCAUUAGAUCUGUCUUAGUCCCCGGGAGAUGUCUUGUGCUCGCCGGCUUAGUUCUUGGAAGGAUUGUUUUCCUUGCCAACAUAUGUAUUUACCCUUUGUAUUUCAACUCUUGUAAGGUUCUGAUCUAAAGUGGUAUAAAAAACAAUAGAUAUGCU